AGCUCCACUAUCCACCAACCAUUCGCAAGGUACAGAGUCAGACAUACCUUGUAGUUUAUCAGAUGACGAAGGAGUGGAAUCCAGCAUGGAGAAUAGACGUGCAACCUGAUCCGGAGACAUGGCGGAGAGAGAGUUGUGCACGUCAAUAACGGAAUUAGCUGUGGACGUGCCUGCCGAGGGAGCUGGGUUGCCAGACUGCCCGGCAGUAGAGAGUGGCGACUGGGCAGAUGUUCGGCCACCACGAUUGCUGCGUCCUCCCCCUCGGGUUGAUGAAGUUCGACCACGUCCUCGGCCCGAAGAUGGAGACCCAAUAAUCAAUGGGAGUAGUUGCUUUCUAGCUAAAGAUACUGCUAUUGAUGGUAAAGAGUCCAGACUUUUGCAAGAGGAGCUAUGGGACAGGAUUUUAAGGGACGAUUACAUGAAAUAUGUUGUUCAAGAGUGUUAUUAUACCCUCAAGUUAGUCCUCACAUCUGUGUUGGAUACUGAGGGUAAGAAGUGGGUUGAGAGAAUAUAUGACGAGAUUCAGAGAAGCAUAGCUAAUAGGAGCAUACUUGUUGAUAUUGAAUUAAAUAAGCUACCACUAAGGAUUCAGAAAGUUUCUGCAUUGUUGGGAAUACUGCAAGACUGUUUUGAUGAUCACUUCAUAAAUCCCUUAAAUCCAAAGUUCAUGGCUACGGCGGUGGAUUUAGGAAGGGAAUUGGUAAGGAGAAAAAUUAGACUUACCUAUGGAGGAGGCAACGUUGGCCUUCAAGGAGUUGUUGCUUCAACAGUCUAUACCAAUGGUGGUAUAGUUAGAGGCUUCAUACCAUGGUACAUAGCAGCACGACAGGUCUACGGACCUACAUAUGGUGCAGAAUACACAGUUUCAAGCAAUUACUAUAAGCAUUUCGAGAUGAAUCAUGUAGUGGAGGCCUUCAUCGUACUUCCUGGAAGGAUUGAUACUAUGGAAGGUUUGUUCACCUUAAUUUCGUGGGCAUCUGAAGGUUUGCACAAUAAACCCAUUGGUCUCUUGAACAUCGACGGUUAUUUUAAUAACCUAAUCAAAUUUCUAGAUGAUGCGGUGAGGCAGAACUUCAUGGCUUCAAGUCAGAGGAAACUUUUCAUUUCUUCUUUCUUCGUUGAUGGUCUUCUAGACAAACUAGAGUUUGCUAAAGCUUUUCCAGGUGCUGGGGCUAGUUACGACGAGUUUACAAAUCCUGGGAGAUUAGACUUAGAGUUGCAUUUGCUUCCUUGCGGAGCAAUUGAGAUGCAAAUUUUGGAUGAUCAACGAGAGAUGUCUAAUAACAACCAUAACCUCACUCUUUGCUCGAUCCUCGACAAAGAUAAGUUGACCGGCUCUAACUUCUUAGACUGGAAAAGAAACCUCGUUAUCGUUCUUCGACUUGAGAAGAAAGAAUAUGUGCUCGAACGAGCCAUGCCACAUGUUCUAGCCGCUAAUGCUUCUAGAGCAAUCAAGGAUACUUAUGAGAAGCAUGUUGAUGAUGACAAUCAGGUGGCAUGUCUCAUGUUGGCUACGAUGACUUCUGACCUUCAGAAACAUCACGAGAGUUUGAAGGCGGCUGAACUUGCAACUGAUCUGAUUUUGCAAUCGCUGCCAGAGUUGUACAAGCAGUUUGUGGUUAAUUACGAGAUGCACGAACUCGAUAAACAACUGCCAGAACUUUUGAAGAUGCUGCAAACUGCUGAAGAAAGCUUGACGAAAGGAAAGGGGAAUUCUGUCCUUCUAGUUCAAGGAGGAAAAGGCAAGAAGAAGUUCAAAAAGGAAAAGAAGAAUGGGCCUAAAGGAAAGGGUAACACCGAGCCAAAGUCCAAUUCUUCCAAGCUCAAGCUUAAAGGUGGAGUGGCUAAAGAUUCCAUUUGUCAUCACUGUGGUGAAGUUGGCCACUAGAAGAGGAAUUGCAAGCAGUAUUUGGCAACCAAGAAAAGGGGUGAAGCUUCUGCUUCAGGUACAAUUGUUGUAAAGACUUGAACUAAUCUACAAUCUCUUCAAAAGUACUCGAUACUUAUACUAUUGCAAACCGUUGCAGGAAAUGAAGAGAAGUAGUAGUA